AAAAUACACCAUAUGAAAGGCGGUUUUGACGUUCGCGAACAGAAAAGAGGUGAGAGAGAGAGCGCAGAGAGCAAACUGGCACAAUCCUACAGCUUAGCGCAUGCUUCGAGUCUUCGACCAUUACAACCUCCCAACUCAGACUCUAUUCCCAUAUUUCGCGCCACAAUCGACACCUACACAACCACUUUCUCUCUCUCUCUCUAAAACUCGUCCUCAAUCACAUCUACACCUUCACUUUCUCUCUCUAGCCAUUCUUCUCAUUCUCUCUCUAUAUGCAUAUACAUCAUACAGACAUAUCUCUCUCUCUUUCCCUCGUCAACGAAGAUAAUCAGAAAUGGAAUCAACAGGAUUUCGUUACGCUUCAUCCACUCAGGCUCCACCAAAGCGUUCUCCGCCGCUCAAAUCACCAGUUCCAAGUGCAUCGGCUCCAAGUUCAUCGGUUCCUAAUUAUACGAAGAAGAAUACAUACCUUAGGUUCCUUGUAUCAAAUGGUAAAGCUGGCUCUGUGAUUGGAAAAGGCGGUUCAGCAAUUUCUGAUUUUCAGGCUCAGACUGGAGCACGGAUUCAGUUGUCACUCAAUCAUGAAGUUUAUCCGGGAACAUCCGAUAGGAUUGUUAUGGUUACUGGAACAGGUGAUGAGAUACUCAUGGCAGUGGACUUAAUUCUUGCUAAAUUGGAAAGUGAGGUUUUGGUUGACGGUAGUAAUGAUGUUGACCCAAGAUCAAAAGUGAGACUAAUUGCACCAAAUAGCUCUUGUGGUGGAAUUAUUGGGAAAGGAGGUGCCACCAUCAAGUCAUUUAUCGAAGACUCUCGAGCUCGUAUUAAGAUAUCCCCAAAUAAUAAUAAUUAUAUUGGGUUGAAUGAUAGGCUAGUAACAUUGACUGGUACUCUAGAAGAACUGAUGAGGGCUAUUGAAUUGAUUCUGUUGAAAUUGAUGGAGGAUCCUAAUUAUGUGCAGUCCUUUAGUGUACCGUUUACAUAUGCAGGUGUUCUAUAUGCUGGUUUUCCUGGUAUUCCAAAUCCAUAUAUGCUUCCGACUGUUGCAACAACAGGAUACAAUGCAAUGAACUUUGGCCCCAGUGGAGCUAGAGGAAGACCUCAGAAUAGCAAGGAACCUCGGGGUAACUCGGUGACUAUUGGUGUUGCAGAUGAGCAUAUUGGGAUUGUCGUCGGACGUGGUGGAAGAAAUCUUAUGGAGAUCAGUCAGUAUAGUGGAGCUAGGAUAAAAAUAUCAAAUAGGGGUGAUUUCAUGUCCGGGACAACCAAUAGGAAAGUGACCAUCACAGGGUCACAGAAGGCAAUUAAUUUAGCAGAGGCCAUGAUACUCCACAAAGUAGCUUCUGCUUCCGAGAGUUGAAGGUGGCAUUGCAAGUUAUACUAAGCCUGAGAUAAUUUUUUUUUUUUUUUUGAGGAAUCAUCGUUUCGUUGAAAUAUUAAUUUUAAAAAAUUAUUUUUCCCCUCCUCCAAUUCUGAGGUCUCUUAAUUGGCUUCAGUUGAUAUUCAUCAUCAGCUUUAUUGUUGUUAGUCAUCAUUAUGACCGUUGUAUUCUUUGUUCUUGAUCAUUCAUGCCUCACGUCAAAACCAUGGGGGUAUUAUAAAGGGCUGUUUGGUAGGGAUUUUGACUUCAGGGAGUGAUUUGUAUAAAAAUUGGGUUGGGCUCUCCUGGAGGGCAGUCGCUGUUGGAACUGUAUGGUUGAUUGUUACCAUUUUUGUUGAUUUGAGAAUGAUUAGUUUUCUUUUUA